UUCAGUUGGCGAGGAACUCUCACAAAUUGCCGCGAUCUACGAUUCACGCGCGGCUCCUUUACUCGCGCUGCACUGUCCGUUGCGCGAACGCAUUUUGUUUUUUUAAAUCAUCAAAUCAUUCAAUAUUUUCAGUGUAACAAUGUUUUAGUACUGUGUAGUAUUGUGUUUGAACUGACAACAUUUAUAGAUUAUAGGUUAUCAGUGAGAGGAUCUACGUAUCCAUUAAUAAAAAUAAGGGUAUCAAACAUCUUUUUACCAUGGAGAUAUUCCUGUAUACCGCUAUGGGUUUGCUCAGGAUCCUGCAUUUCCUGAGUCACCCUGUUUAUGCCUACUUUUCGAAAGGGAAGAAGAAAAGUGUGCCGCCGAUAAAAAACGAUCUGUUAACUAUCAGUGCGACGGAUUUGGCCGCAAAAAUCAGGGAAAGAAAGAUCAAAAGUGUUGACUUGUGUAAAGCUUACAUAGAAAGGAUAAAAGAAGUCGAAUCAAUAAUCAAUGCAGUUGUGGAGGAACGUUUCGAAGAAGCAUUGGAGGAUGCGAGAAAAGUGGACAAUUAUAUUGCAAAUUGCAGUGAUGCAACCAUUUUGGAAUUGGAGAAGAUAAAACCGUUGUUCGGCGUCCCAUUCACUGUGAAGGAGAGUUGCUCGCUGAAAGGAAUGAGUCUGUCGGUUGGUUCGUUGACCAGAGAAGGUUACAAGGCGGACCAGGAUGGGGAAUGCGUGGCUGCGGUGAAAGCUAGCGGUGCCAUCCCACUUCUGGUGUCCAACACCCCCGAGUUAUGCUUGAGUUGGGAAAGCUUCAAUCUGAUCAAAGGCGUCACAAGAAACCCUUAUGACAUUUCGAGGAGCAGUGCCGGAUCUUCCGGAGGGGAGGGUGCGUUGUUGGGAGCGGGGGCAUCUGUUAUCGGUAUCGGCUCUGAUAUUGCCGGAUCUAUCCGAGUGCCUGCAUUGUUCAAUGGCAUUUUUGGACACAAACCUACUCCAAGGAUUGCUCCAAUAAAAGGUCACUAUCCAUUUUGUAGCGACCCAAGAUACCCUGACUUUCUAGUGGUCGGGCCAAUGACUCGUUAUGCCAAAGAUUUAAAAUUAUUAUUGAAAAUUAUGGUCGGCGACAAAAGCGAUGAUCUCAGACUAGAUGAGCCAGUAGACAUAGGUGAUCUCAACGUGUAUGUGAUGGAAGAUGCUGGUUUUAUGAUGACUGUGGCGUCAGUGGAAACAGCAAUCAAAAAAUCAGUGAAAAGAAGUGCUAAAUAUUUGUCUGAUAAAUUCGGUUGCACCAUAAUAAAGGACAACACAUUCGCCGAACUGGCCGACUCCAAUGAAAUUGGCGGUUCAGUUUUGUAUGCCAUCGAGGACAUUCCCAACGUCCUCAAAUGGGACAACAGUAAACUUCCCAUUGAAUUACUAAAAAGCAUCAUGGGACACUCCAAAUACUCCUUGAAUGUUCUCACGUUUUACAUCGUACAACACAUCUAUAACAACUUCGUCAGCGACCAUUCAGUCCAAAAUGCCGCCCUGAAACGCCUAUUCAUUGAAAAACUUGGAACAAAUGGAGUGCUCAUCUACCCCACAUGGACCAACACUGCGUCCAAACAUCACGAGUUUUACUUCCACCUUGCUUCAAUUAUGUACGUAAUGAUGGCGAACACUUUGGGACUUCCAGCCACACACGUCCCAUGUGGGUUGGACAAAAAUGGAUUGCCCGUUGGAAUACAAGUGAUUGCGGCUCCGAAUCAGGACAGAUUAUGUUUAGCUGUCGCAGAGGAGUUAGAAAAGGGAUUUGGAGGAUGGGUACCUCCAGGUCAUUGAUUGUUUUAUAUCUAUGAUAUAAUGUUUCUUUAUAAUUGUUAUUUAUUAUUAUAAGAGUGUUACAUU